AUGGGAGACUUCACGGGCGAGUCGUCAAAGCCUGAAUGUGCUGUCGUCACAUCCAUCACUCUCGCUGCUCUGGGACUCGCAGCGACGGCCAAACCGCACCAUCUGCUGCCGUUUAGAACCAUGACAGACGGGGGUCCACCGGGAGACGGCGAGGGGCCAGAGCUGCGCCGCCGCCAUCACGCCAUAGCCCCGAUUCUGAAGGAGGAUCCGGUCCGGCGAGUCGCUACAAGCAUUAACUGA